UCCCACACAUUCCCUAAUAAUCUCGAUUUAGAUUCUCAGCCGAAUCCGAGAUCUGUGAAAUGCUCGCCCUUUGAUCUCCGCCACUGAUAUUCUCUACUUCGCCAACAAAAAUGGUGAUCUUCAGCCCCGUAACCGUCGGCCAGGUCUCGUUUUUACUUGGAAUCUUACCUAUUCUUGGAGCUUGGAUUUACUCCGAGUUCUUGGAGUACAAGAAGAAUUCACUCUCCACCAAAUUUAGGUAUUCUGAAGUGAAUUUGGUUGAAGUUGAGAAAGAUGCGGUUAAAGAGGAUGACAGAGCUGUGCUUUUGGAGGGAGGAGGUCUCCAAUCCGCGUCUCCUAAAGCUCGAACUGCAUCUACCACCUCGCCUAUUUUCAGGUUCAUGUUGAUGGAUGCGGCGUUCUUGAUGGAAAAUCGGCUGACGCUGAGAGCAAUAUCUGAAUUUAGUGUUAUCUUAGCGUACUUCUACUUGUGUGAUCGUACGGAUUUCUUUAACUCAUCAACAAAGAGUUACAAUCGGGAUCUUUUUAUAUUUCUGUACUUCCUUCUCAUCAUAGUUUCAGCCAUUACUUCUUUCACGAUACAUAAUGAGAAGUCUCCUCUCACUGGGAAGUCCAUACUAUAUCUGAAUAGGCAUCAAACCGAGGAGUGGAAGGGAUGGAUGCAGGUAUUAUUUUUGCUGUACCACUAUUUUGCUGCAGCAGAAUUUUAUAAUGCAAUCCGUGUAUUCAUUGCUGGAUAUGUCUGGAUGACUGGAUUUGGAAACUUUUCUUAUUACUAUGUUCGCAAGGAUUUCAGCUUAGCAAGGUUUGCACAGAUGAUGUGGCGGCUUAAUUUCUUGGUAUUGUUUUGCUGUGUGGUCCUUAACAACAGUUAUGUGCUGUACUACAUCUGUCCUAUGCACACUCUAUUCACUCUUAUGGUUUAUGGGGCGCUUGGUAUUCUGAACAAGUAUAAUGAAAUUGGGUCAGUGAUAGCUUUGAAAAUCAUUGCUUGCUUCUUGGUUGUUAUCUUGGUAUGGGAAAUACCGGGAGUGUUUGAAGUGCUUUGGAGGCCAUUUACAUUCCUCCUUGCCUACACAGAUCCUGCAAAACCAAAUCUUCCUGUCUUGCAUGAGUGGCAUUUCCGCUCUGGCCUUGAUCGUUACAUAUGGAUUAUUGGAAUGAUAUAUGCUUACUAUCAUCCAACGGUGGAGCGGUGGAUGGAGAAAUUGGAGGAAGCAGAAAGGAAGCGUAAAAUGUCAAUCAAAACAGCUGUUUCUGUAGUAUCACUGACGGUGGGGUAUCUGUGGUUUGAGUAUAUAUACAAGAUGGACAAGCUCACAUACAAUAAAUAUCAUCCGUAUACCUCAUGGAUCCCUAUAACGGUCUACAUAUCCUUACGAAAUGUCACCCAACAAUUCCGGAGCUACUCAUUGACCCUUUUUGCAUGGCUUGGAAAGAUAACGCUGGAAACCUACAUCUUGCAAUUCCACGUUUGGUUAAGAUCAGCAGUUCCUGAUGGUCAGCCUAAGUUGUUGCUUUCGAUGAUUCCAGACUACCCAAUGUUGAACUUCAUGCUCACUUCUACCAUCUAUGUUGCAAUCUCUUACAGACUUUUUGACCUGACAAACACAUUGAAAAUAGCAUUUGUACCCAGCAAAGAUAACAAGCGCCUUGUGAACAACAUAGUUACAGCCACAGCUGUUUCAUGUGCAUUAUACUUCAUCUCUUUUGUCUUCCUAAAAGUCCCCCAAAUGCUGGUUUGAGAAUUCAAAUAUGUGAAGAUAUAGCAUAGGAAUGCCACUCUUAUGGAUAGUGCGAGAGAGAAUACACUUCCACUGCUUGAACUUUGUCUCAAAUCAGAGGUUAUGCAUCUGCUUCUAUGAUAGGUCAUUAAUGGAAAAGCAGGCCCCUCCUUGUAUUUGUAUUCUUUUGUCUGAGAAAUCCUUGAAUUAGUAUUAGAUUUUGGGACGAUUUGUAUAGGAAAGGUGGGUAAUCAAGUCGACCUCAAAAAUUGAGGGGGAUUACCUAUGCCGUACUCCCACUACACUUUUUUACUAGUAAAAUCAUCCAAGCGGAACAUGUGCAAGAUAUACUUUUCUCAUACCUUAACGAAAUUGUUAAAUGAAUGGAAAAACAAAAUCAUUACUUUGA